GCGACCGCAGUAUUCCCAAGUUCAUUAGCAGGGAAGUCCUCGAUCCGGCGCUGUAUAUGACAUGCCAGAUGCACGGAAACCUCACCCAAAUUAUUGUACUGGUGUUGUCAUCUGACGAACUACCGGAAGAACGUCUCGCCUCCUCAAGUGAACGUCACCGACAAGGUUCAGGAAGCCUCCGACAGAUGGCGCCACGAGGAGCACGGGCUUUUUACUUUUUUCGAUCGAAAGUGUCCAACACUUAUCCUGAGGAGGAGGCCACAUUGCCUGCAAAGAGGUGGAUGUCUUCUGAAUGCCAAGUGCUGAGCUGCCCGGGACACUCAUCAUUAUCAGUCAUUGCACCAUCUACCGGCUGGAAGAACAUCAAGGCGGGUACUUGGGAGCACGUACUUGAGAGCUUAUUAAAACGACCUGCAAUAAAGUCUCUUGCUAUAGGAGUUUCCGUGAUUUAUUACUCGCACUACGGCCGUUCGUGA